GCCGCGCCUCACCUCACCUAACGUGGAGUUGUCAGUCGCAGCUGAGCCGCGGAGCAGCGCGGACAAAAGCCCAAGAAACACUCAACUCAAGACCAGCUUGCCGCGUCGUGCUGCACCCGGUUCCAGUUGACGCGCGCCGCGAGCGAGUCGCAUGCACAGGACACCCGCGGCCGCACGCCGCCCCUCGCUCAGGAUAUAAAGGAUUACGCCCGAGCAGCGAGAGUGUUUUUGUUGUUCUUCCCGUCCGAGUAUCCUUCACGCUCGGCUCGCCGGUCCGUCUUGCCGCGGCCUGGACGAAAGGCGGCCACGCGCGAUAACCCAGAGGCUUUGCCCUCAUUGACAUCGGCUCAAUAUGGCGUCUGCGCUGAUGUCCACCGUCAUGGAUGUGGAGUGCUGGCUCGCCUACUCGUGGGUGGAUUGUGCCUAGUUACACUGUAGUGCAGGUUUUUCCUUGUGCGCGCGAUACGAGCUGUCACUUGGAAUUCCCCCUAGUUCCGCUUUUAGUUGUCUUCUUGGAUUGUUAACGACGCCGUUUCCUUUGGGCGGAUUCUGCAGUCAUGGCGGAUAGCGGAUUCACGGCCCGAGAUAUUGGGCUUCGUGCCCAGAAGAAGAUUUUGAGUCGCAUGGCGUCUAAGAAUGUUGCUCGGGUGUUCAUAGACGACACAACCUCCAGCCUGUUAGACAACCUAUACCGCCUCGCCAAAAGCUACUCGAACAACAAGAAGGAGGCUGAGAAGCUAGUGAAGAAUAUAAUCAAAGUCGUCAUCAAGCUAGGCGUCCUGUACCGCAAUGGGCAGUUUAGCGCGGACGAGAUGAAGUUGGCGGAGAGAUUUAAGAGCCGUCUGCACGCCGCCGCCAUGGCGGCUGUCAGCUUCCAUGAGGUCGAGUUCAGCUACGACGUCCACUACCUGCUGUCGGCGCUCAACGACUCCAAAGCCGCCCUGCAGCAGCUCGUCGCCAGUCACCUCACAGACAAGAGUAUGACGCGUAUCGAUCACGUGUUCAGCUUCUUCGCCAACCAGCAGUUCCUGGACGCCAUUUUCCGUCGGGACAGCGCACACCGAGAGCACCUGUCCAGACUUGUGCACGACAUGAACAAGGCCAUGGACGAGGGCUCCGUGUAAGACAGGGGACAGGGACAAAACAUUUUGGAAGUUGUAAAUAUGUAAUUACUAAAACGAAAGAAAACAAAAUAGAGAUUUAUAUGUAUAAAAUCAAGAGUUUUAUGGGUAAUGCAGAAGUAGAGAGGAGAAUGGGUGUGAAAUGUGGGUAGUUUCAAACUUCUCCCAACUGAGGAAAAGACUAGUCUUUGUUCUGAUGUCGUUUUGCAUAUUCGCUUCAUGCAAUUAAUUUAUUAUGAUUAUAAUAACCUGUAAAAAGUUUCUACGUUCACAAAGAAACCUUCCAACAGUCGAAGAUGAUGAAUAAAUUAUAUAAUAAUGAGUACAAUGUUGUGAUGAAACAAAUCUGUAACUGAAUUACAGAAUUUGUUUUAAAUUUCAUUAACCACCGAGGAUCAUGGUUUGAUCCCAAGUGGGUAGGCAACCCGCCCGACGCUCGUCCAGACGGUACCCUCGUUAUUUUCAUUACGGACACUACGCUCCGCGCAGGGAACUCCGUUUGGCGGGGGCCGGGCCUAGCUUGGCGUCCCGGCGGCGUUUGGUCACUGUAAGUCACUUCGCAUACUAAGGCUUCCGGCGAAGAGACCUGCGGCCCUAGAGAUUUGCUCCUUGGACAUAAGAAAAGAAUGUAACGGGGCAACACCGUGACUACACCCCACCCUUCUGCUUCGCUAAAGAAUAAUAAAAACAAUAAAAAUAUGAACAAGCGCAGUUUUUAGCUUGUAUUGUUUGUCAAACAGCCUUAAAA